AGCGCGAAGAAUCAAUUAAACCCAAGGUGUUCUGUUUUAUCUAUCGUCAUGACAGCCUCUCCUGAACAAGUAGACAAUUCAUUUCAGAGUAUUCCGGAAUCUGAAACCCACUUUCGGAGUGGGAACCUGGCACUUUCUCACUUGGAUGAUGUUAUAGAUUCCGUAGUUUCUGAAGCUAUCGAAUACGCUGAUAAACCACCGGAAGAACGAACACUUCCCAAAUUAAUCCGUAAAGCUCCGCCGCCUCCACGUGUUCGGCCGCCUUUAAACAUGGGAGAAUUUAAUCAGGGGCGCAAUUUCGCUACACCUAAUGGUAUAAACCAAAUGCCAUUUCUAGCUGGUGGUAAUCAAUUUCAACAAAAGCUUAAUGAACAAUUUCCGACUAUGGUCCCUUUCAAUACUGGUCAAGCCGCUACAGCAGCUCAGCAGCAACUACUAAUGCAGUACAAUGGUCAGUACCCAGCUCAGCAGCAACAACAACAACAGCGUCAACAGCAGCAGCAACAGCAACAACAACAACAGUACUCACAAGCUGCUCAUUUUCAGGCUCUACAAAACCAACAAGCUCAGUAUCAGGCAGUAAAUGCAGCUGCAUUAGCUCAGAUGCAGCAACUGCAACGUCAACAAAUGCAGCGUCAGCAGCAGCAACAACAACAACAACAACAACAAAUGUCUACUCCUAAUCGGCAUAUGUUAUACUCUGCAUCAGGUUCUCCUCCUAUUAGUCCAGCGGUAAUAUCAAACUCCCCCGGUUCUCAACAACAGCAGCAACAACAAGCUCUAGCUUCAGCGCAACAACAGUUGCAUCAGUUAUACGCAGCUGCUCAUCAAUUACCUGGCAUGAUGCAAACUUUCCCUCCAAAUCAAGGGCAACAACAAACAAACAUUCAACAAACUAUACAAGCUCAGCAACCUCAAGUACAACAACAGCAGCAAGUAUGCAACCAACGUGUUUGGACAAACGCGGAACAACUUCAAGCAGCUCAGCAACAACAACUUGCUGUCGCAGCAGCAGCUGCUGCAGCGGCGUUUAACCCGAAUUCAGUACAACAACAAUAUAUGCAACAGCAACAACAACCUUCACCCCAACAACCGAAUCAAGCAGCUCAACGUAUGACAAACGAUUUUCAAACGUAUGCCUAUCAACAUUGAAUUUUGUAAACAAACAAGAGCUAUAAACUUCUCCAAUCAAGAAAAUUGGUAUUCGUUUGUACUGUUCCUUAUAUAUAUAUGCAAAUUUUUGUGACUUUAUUUCAUGCAUUUGCCUGUAUGUUCAUUUGUCCACUAAAAUACUGCAAUUAGAGAUGAAUUUAGUUUCUAAUAUUUUUAGCCUGUCAACAGCUGCCUUUUCUCUUUUUUCUUUAUCUCAUUGUUCAACGAUCUUCCUCGCUCAUUUUUCUUGGCAAUUAUUCAUGAAAGGUUUCGUGCCUUGUCGUUGCAUUUGUGUCCUGGAUCAUUAUCUUCUUUUCUGAAUCUCUCUGAAUGUAUGUUUACGUGUUUGCAUUGUGUAUUGAUGGAGAAAACCUGUUGUACAGCCAGUUCGUUUUGUUUGUUCACUCAUAUCUUAUGAAUAUUCAACAUCCCUUCUAAAAUCUUACACAGUGUACGCAUUUAAUUUUUUAUUUUAUUUUGGGAAUAUCAUAAUUGUCCAAUUUUCCUUUGGGAACAAUUUCUUUUUUGCAAUAUCUCAUAUAUAUAUAUAUAUAUAUAUAUAUAUAUAAAUCGAGUUAAUGUAUGCUAACAACUUACUGAUGCUUCAUUAUUUGCCUAGUGGCCACCACAUUAAGUAUUCUUAAUUUUUUUUGAUCUGUUUUUCUAUCGAACACUGUAAAUUUAUGACAUUCCAUGUUUUUUGUGAGAUACAUAUGUUAAAUUGAAUUUUUCUAUUACCAUUUUACAUCAAUGUUAUUGACAACAAUUUCACAAGUUGAACUUUUUUAAGUAGAAUAAUAGGUCACGAUGGUUUAUCGAAUGGAAAUCCAAGUUUCUACCUCUGUUACAAGAAAACAUGGAUUUCUUUCAUUAUUGAACUUACUACAUCAAUUGGUCACUUGUGUUCUAUAUUUGACGAAAAGACAAUUUAGUAAUUAAAUUAUUCUUUAUGCCACUUUGUAAUUUCAUAUUAAUUCCCAUUUAAUUAAUUAUAUUGUUUAUUGGACAAUCACAUUUUAUUCCAGUCAACAAAUCUUCUAUAUAGUUCAUUAUUAUGCACUUAAUUAUUUUUUAGUUCAUCUUAAUGCUGGGUUGUUUUUGUCUUCUUUCUUUCGUUUCGUUUUUUUUUUAAUCUGGUGGACGUUGUCAGUAAUAAUUUACACUAACUGUUUGUCCAGUCCAAUAAUUUUGGACUUGUUAUUUUUAUCCCUUCUUUUUUUUUUCAUUAAUAUUACUCUACAAGAUCAAUGUUCAUUAUUCACACCAAUUUUUUUAACACAUGGAUCACCUCUAUUUUUUUUUCUCAACUUGGUUAUGUUUCUUAUUUGUUAGCUCUCUAUACUCGAUUGUAACAGAACAAAAACUAUGACGUAUUUAUUCUUCUUCUUUGCAGGAUAAUUAUUGUUACUAUACUGUUAUUCUUCAUUACCUGUAUCCUAUUCAUUGUGUAAUUCAUGUCAAAAUGAGCCAGUGUCCAUAUUACAUAAAAUUAAACUACUUU